AUGACUUCCCGGUCGUACAGCGACGCGAUUGACGCACUCAACUCGCUGCAGACGCCGCACGCCGAGAUUGAGGCUCGUCGCAAGGCGGGCAUCCGGCCUGACGCAUCAUCAAUUCGAGAGAUGAAGGCAUAUCUAGCCCGCAUUGGAUACGCGCCUUCAGACCUCAACCGCCUCAACAUCGUCCACGUCGCCGGGACAAAAGGCAAAGGCAGCACCUGCGCCUUUGUCAACUCCAUCCUCUCGCAGUACCAGUCCACCCCCGGCCACCACCUCAAGUGCGGCCUCUUCAUCUCCCCCCACCUUGUGGCCGUCCGGGAACGCAUCCGAAUCAGCUCGGCCCCAAUCUCGGAGGACCUCUUCGCAAAGUACUUUUUCCAAGUAUGGGACCGUCUCGGCUCGUCGAGUGCCUUGCCCGACGACGCAGUGCCCGGCUCGCGGCCCCUCUACGCGCGGUACCUCACCCUCAUGAGCUGGCAUGCUUUUCUCCAGGAAGGCGUCAACGUGGCCGUUUACGAGACGGGCAUCGGCGGCGAGUUCGACGCCACCAACAUUGUCGAGAAGCCCCUCGUCGCGGGCAUAAGCACCCUUGGCAUCGACCACGUCUACGUGCUAGGCGAGACAGUCGACAAGAUUGCCUGGCACAAAGCCGGCAUCAUCAAGGCCGGCAGCCCCGCCUUUACAGUCGAGCAGGUCGGCCCUGCCGCCGAGGUGCUGCACCAGAGGGCGCGCGAAAAGGGCGUCACCUUGAACGUGCUGGGCAUUGAUCCGCGCCUGCAGGGCGUCAAGGUGAGGCCCGACGCGCAGUUCCAAAGGAAGAACGCCACGCUGGCCGUGGCCCUCGCCGCCACGGCCCUGCAGAAGCUGCGAGUGGUCCCCGAGAACCUCGUCGACGCUUCUCGCCCCCUGCCAAGGCGGUUUGCAGACGGCAUUGAAAAAACCGUCUUCAGGGGCAGAUGUGAAGUCAAGGUCGAGGACAGCAUCGUGUGGCACGUCGACGGGGCGCACACGGCGGACAGCUUGAAAGAGUCGUCCAGGUGGUUUGCCGACGAAACCAGCCACAGCACCGGGCCCCGCGUCCUCAUCUUCAACCAGCAGGGCCGCGCCGAGGCCGUCGACUUCCUCGAGUCCAUCCAGGCGACCACCUCGCGCCCGUCCCGCGGCAAACCAUCGUUUGAUCACGCCGUGUUCUGCACAAACGUCACCCACGCCAAGACGGGCUACAACCGAGACUUUGUCAACCGCGGCAUUGACCCAAAGGAAAUCGAGAGCAUGUCGGUGCAGCGUCGCUUUGCGGACAGGUGGGCGUCUAUCGACCCCGGUGCCGAGGUUGUCGUCUUGCCCACCAUCGAGGAGGCGCUCGACUACGCGAGGCAAGUGGGCGACGUCGCGGCCAGGGUGGGGGACGAAAAGGUCCAGGUCUACGUCACGGGCAGUCUGCAUCUUGUGGGCGGAGCGUUGGCCAUCUUGGAAAAGGCCGAGGCUUUGUGA